UGCAUCUGCGUAGCAGGAGAGACACGUUCGAUAGGAGCGGAGACGCGGGCGUUCUGACAAAGAGCCAGCCGCCACCGGGAGUGUUUUUUCUUUUUUUCUUUUCCACAGAAGGGGAAACCACACAGGAACUUUACGUGAGAACCAUGAGCGGUCAGACUGUACUGAAGUCCUCAGGAUAAGCGAAAGGUACUGGAGUAUUAACGGCUGCUCACUCCAACACACAUGCGCACGCCAGAGAAGUAGUGGCUCCACAGUUGCCUUUUCUUUUUACAAACGUUAACCAGACAAAAGAAGAAGGGACGGAGAAGGGGGGAAAAAGAUGUCUUUCGCCAUGGUGCGGCCGGCCCCUAGCAGGUUCCUGUACUCCGACAUCAGCAUGCUGUCCGAGGACGAGGAGAACGGCAGCGAGAGCUCGGGGUCGGACGAGAAGUCCUUCCGCCUGGACGGCUCGGGCUACGACGUCAAGGAGGGCCGCAAGCGGAAGCUGCUGGAGACGCUGCUGCCCCCCAUGGGCAUGGGCCGGCAGCGGAACGCGGCCAACGCCCGCGAGCGGGACCGGACCAACAGCGUCAACACGGCCUUCACCGCCCUGAGGACGCUCAUCCCCACCGAGCCCGCCGACAGGAAGCUGUCCAAGAUCGAGACCCUGCGCCUGGCCUCCAGCUACAUCUCCCACCUGGGCAACGUCCUGCUGGUGGGCGAGGCCUGCGGAGACGGGCAGCCCUGCCACACCACCUCGUCCUUCUACCACCACAGCUCGCCGGGCCGGGACUCCGACAGCUCCCAGCCCAAGCAGAUCUGCACCUUCUGCCUCAGCAACCAGAGGAGGAUGAGCAAAGACAGAGAAAGAAAAACAGCUCUAAGAAGUUAAUACCAACAGGAACGGAAUCGCAAAAUAAGACAGAACUAUGCAACGCAAACAGCACGGACCUGUUAUGAAAACAAACUCCAGACAUGUAUCAGUUGUAUAUAUGCAAAUAUAAAUAAAUAUAUAUAUUUAAAUGUGUAAAAAAUCUGGGACGUGACGGCUCGGCUGCCAGUGGAAUUCUCAGAUUGGACAGACACUGGGAUUCCUGGACUGCCAGUGCGUCUGACAAGGGGUUCUGUUUCCAUUCUAAACUUGGUACACUCAUGCAUCAUUAAAGACACGCCAAACAGAAUAAUCCCUUAAUGACGAAAAAAGUCCUGCUUUUGAGCGUACGACGUUCCGAAAUGAAAUGCGGAUGGACGGACGGAGCGAGGCGACGCGGAACAACGGACAGACGCCUCGGAGGGACGACGCGCCGUCAGACGACUUCGUAGCGUUCGCGUGCCUGGUGUGUACACACCCACGUCUCUGGUACUCCACCAAAAAAAAAAAAGAAAAAAAAAAAGAGCAUCUGUCUGAGGAGAAAAUUUACAUCAGCGAGGGCACCGUGGCUUGUU